GUGAAAUCCGCUGAAAGAAGUCAGAGUGACCCGCAGGGAUGCGGCUCUUCACAGCACUUCGUCAGACCCAGUGCAUUGCUCUGCACCUACGUCUGACAGCAUCGGUCCGAGGCAUACUUACCGAUCGGCAUUGAAUCCUACAGCAAGUGGAAGGCGAUCCGAGGUUACGACGUGCGCUGGAGUUCCCACUGUCUCUCGAGUAGAACGGAAUUAAGACUCGUAAGGAUUCAGCAUCUUGACCAAGAUCUCGGAGACGGACUCUUUAUGUUUAUGUUGAUAGUAACAAGUCAGGAUACGCUCUACCGCAAUCGAGACGAGAAAUUUGGUAUGUCUGAGAAGCCGAGGUUGAGGGUUUAUGAAAUUGUUCAACGCGGCGGCGUAGAAUACGAAGUGUACGUCUAAGGAGCCCAAGUGUGAGACUGAUGAAUGAGAAAUGAUGACGACGCGGGUGACACGAGAAACUACAGAAGUCAGCUUUUUGUGCAAGCGCGAGGUGUUCUGGUGGGUCUCAGACUGAUCGAGGCCCCAAAAUUUAGUCCUGUAACUCCGAAAGCCAAUAGCAGAACUUCUUCUCGGGUACUGGAGUCAAAACAUCGAGUCGAAGGUGCUGCUGCUGCUGCAGCUGCAGCAGAGGGGAUGUGCAGAAUAGCGGUACAGUAUUCUUCCCGUUCACCCCGUGCACAGCAUGGACUGCAGAAGAAUGCGAGGCGGCCUGAUUUCUCAUUGAACCUCGGAGCAGCUGGAGAGGCUCCUCUCGGCCACCAACUGCAGCUUUCGGUGAGGAUUCGAACGGGACUACACCUUCUGGAUCUAACGAGAGCAAGCUUUCCGCUGAGAUAGGUAAAACUCUAACCACGCAGGAGAAUACACAUGUUGAAGUGCUCAUUAUUUUUAAUGAGCACUUCAACAUGUGCUAUUUCAACUUAUGUGCACGCAAUUCUGCACAACUUAGGGAGAAAUAUCGUACCCAACUAUCUUGGCUUUUAAACAGCUUACCUAGGUUGCGCGACAUUUGAUUUUCAAUAUGUUCUAAUUGCCGU